CCAACUCUGCCCUUUGAUUGUUACCUUUCUUGUAAUUUCCUCUGUUUUCCAAAUUUGCAUUUGCUUGCUCUUUUGCAUUAUUUAAGAGCAUAAAUAAGGGAGAUCAAACAUUGCAAGUGACACUGAUUUGGAACUCUGGGUAGGGAAAUGGGUUCCAAGGCUUUCUUCUUCUUUGUUCUAUUCUCCUUCUCUGCUCUGUCUCUCAGUCCUGCUUUUGCAGAGAAUGAGGAAGAUCCUGGCCUUGUUAUGAACUUCUACAAGGAUUCAUGUCCUCAAGCAGAAGACAUUAUAAGGGAGCAAGUCAAGCUUCUAUACAAGCGCCACAAGAACACUGCAUUCUCAUGGCUGAGGAACAUUUUCCAUGACUGUGCUGUACAGUCUUGUGAUGCUUCACUCUUACUGGAUUCCACAAGGAGGACCCUGUCUGAAAAGGAAACAGACAGGAGCUUUGGGUUGAGGAAUUUCAGAUACCUUGACACCAUUAAAGAGGCUGUGGAGAGGGAGUGCCCUGGAGUGGUUUCCUGUGCAGAUAUCCUUGUCUUGUCUGGAAGAGAUGGCAUUGUUGCGCUUGGUGGGCCUUACAUCCCUCUCAAGACAGGAAGAAGGGACGGUAGGAAGAGCCGUGCAGAUAUACUAGAGCAGUACCUUCCUGACCACAAUGAAAGCAUUUCAGUGGUGCUUGAAAGAUUUGGAGCCAUGGGCAUCAACACCCCUGGAGUGGUGGCCUUGCUAGGAGCUCACAGUGUAGGUCGCACCCACUGUGUGAAGUUGGUUCAUCGUCUCUACCCAGAAGUGGAUCCAGAAAUUAACCCAAAUCAUAUAGAGCACAUGCUCCACAAAUGCCCAGAUCCAAUCCCAGAUCCCAAGGCAGUGCAAUAUGUGAGGAAUGACAGAGGAACACCCAUGAAGCUGGACAACAACUACUACAGGAACAUAUUAGACAACAAGGGUCUUCUAAUAGUGGAUCACCAAUUGGCCAAUGACAAGAGGACUAAGCCUUAUGUGAAGAAGAUGGCCAAGAGCCAGGACUACUUCUUCAAGGAGUUUUCAAGAGCCAUUACCAUCCUUACUGAGAAUAACCCUCUUACUGGGACAAAGGGUGAGAUCAGAAAGCAGUGCAACGUAGCCAACAACCACCAUUAGAGUGUAAAGAGUAAAGAUUACUCUUACUAGUUAACUACUACUGCUUCCCAUAUGGCCCAAUAAAGGCUUUUAUCUUCUACUUCAUGAGACCUUUUCUUUUGAGAGGGCAGGAGUGAAAAGCUUAGUGGAAUAAGAAUUGGGUUCAGUGGGUUUUUGUUUCUUUUUUCAUGGAGAGUGGUUUAGUCAUCAAUGGGAUUGUAGUGCUUGGCAUGAUGAUGGCUGCUGGUACUGUUGUUAUUGUGUCUCUGUAGGCUUUUCUCUCUUUGUUUAAUGGUGGGUUCAUCUGGUUUUGUGCUUAGGGUGGAUGAUGUGUUGGGGAUGUAGAUGAUGUAUGUAUGUGGAGUGGUGGUGUAUGGGACUAUGGGUUCCAAUGGUAAUGGUUCUUUAUAA